GAAUGCAGACGUAUGUGUAAAAAACAUCGCGAUGAUUCUUUCACAAGAUGCGUUCUAAAUUCGGUCAAACUCGUUGAUAGAUUCUUCGUUCGAUUCAAUCAGAGUUCGUGUGUUGAAAAGAGACACAAAUAACUGGGUCGUCUUCCUUAUCAGUGAACUUCGGAACACGCCCCACGCCGUUGAAAUUGAACCGGCUGAACCCAACCCCUUUUCAGCCCAACCAACAGAACGUAAUGUUUUCACGUGUUUCGUUUUUAAAUUGAUUGAUUUCGAUCAAAAUACAAGUUAUUCAUAGCUUCUAAGAAAGAUGUCGGGAACGCUGAAACCUUAUCUGGCAGCAGUGAGAAGAACGCUUACUGCUGCUAUGUGUUUGGAGAAUUUCUCCUCUCAAAUAGUUGAGAAACACAAUAAACCAGAAGUUGAAGUGCGAGCUAGUAAGGAACUUCUUUUGACACCAAUAUUAAUAAGCAGAAAUGAUAAAGAAAAAGUAUUGAUUGAGUCCAGUAUAAAUAGUAUGAGAAUAAGCAUUGCUGUGAAGCAGGCUGAUGACCUAGAAAAGCUUCUAUGUCAUAAUUUCACAAGAUUCAUGACGAUGAGAGCAGAACACUUCAUUAUUCUCAGGAGAAAGCCAAUAGAGGGUUAUGAUAUUAGUUUUUUAAUUACAAACAUCCAUGUAGAACAAAUGUACAAACACAAGAUUGUAGAUUUUGUGAUUUAUUUCAUGGAAGAAAUUGACAGAGAGAUCAGUGAGAUGAAAUUAUCUAUGAAUGCAAGAGCUCGCAUUUGUGCAGAAGAAUUUUUAAAAAGGUUUUAACUUUAUGGACACAAUGUGUUAGCAACAUAGCAAUAAUCACAAAUGCCAGGUCACUAAAAAUAACAGUGCCCAUGAAUCAAGCUGGUUAAUAUGCAACCAGAUGAAAUUUUAACAGAUUAAUCUCUCAAAUUGACUCUAAACGCUCCUUAAUCCAAACAUGCCAAUUCCCAUUGUUGUCCAAUCAUGAAAAAAAGUUCAUUCGAAUACAUUUUUCGAUUAAUCACUGUCAUUCAGCUGUGUGUGUAACGAAUAACAAGUCUGAUGUACAUGUAAGUACCAUAACGGUAUUAAAUUCAGCACGCGCAGCCCCUCGUAUGAUAAUCGCGAAUAUAUUUCGCAAUUCGUGCGUUUCUUUUCCUUAAAAAGAGGAAAUUGAAACUGGUGGUAUAGAAGUAAAGCGUGCAAUUCCUUUUGCAUUUAUAAAGUUCUAUUUAUCUUACGAAUCACUGUAACCAUAUUGAUUUAAUACUAAUGUAAAUACAAAUAAACGAGAAGAACCAU